UAAUUGGUUUGCUUCGCGCCCUUUGGGAUCUGAAUUUGGAAAUUAGCUAUAAAAGAUGACGGAUUAACACCUCAGAAGAUCCUAGCUUUCCAACAAGUGGGCUUAUUCUCAUAUUCUUCCCAACCUGACCUCUUCCAGAUGUAUUGGGCUUCCCUCCCUCUACUAUCCUGAGGCUGUAGCGGAGUUUGUGCUGUGUAGCGAGCAUUGCUGCCAUUUUUGUGAUUAUAAUUAGCAACUGACCAAGAAAAGAGAAAAGAAAUGUUCUUCUAAAGAAGAAUAGAGCUGGAAGGGACCUUGGAGGUCUUCUAGUCCAGCCUUCUGCUCAAACAGAACGUUCAGAAGGACCGUUUGUCUGCAGAAAGGACGGCCUGAUUCAUUUUAAAUCCACUAUGUGUGUGUUGGGAGAAAUAUUGUGUAUUAACUUGUAAAAAAAAAAGCUAUUGAGACACCGUAUCGGUAGAAGUAUAGCAGUUAUUAGUCCAGGGUUGCUGUCUGAUCUUGUAACUAGUGGGUUUAGAUGCAGGACUGGCAGUUUAAAAGAAGAAAGAAGGAAUAAUUAAGCUGUUCAGGUUUUCUUGAAAAGGGCUGUUUUCACUCAACCUGAGAUAAAGCUUAUUUAUUGAACAGAUCACAGUUUCUGGGAUUGCAUAGCAUAUUAAAGCAGUCGGGGACCAUAGGCAUGUGCAGCAAGUCACAGUGAUGGGAAAAUGUGAACAUGAUGUUACAGUGUGUACUUUGCCCAUGUGUACUUGAGUUCUAAUAUCUGAAUUUAACUACUUAGAUUGCAGAAUUUGUGUUAUGAUCACUUUGUGCUCCCGUCCUAUUGUGCCCUAAUGGCUUUGGACCACAGUCUUUGAAGGAAAACUGUGUUUUGUUUUCUUGCUAUAUUUUCCAACCCAUAAAUUAAGAUCAUCUUCAAAGAACAUGCAGUCAGUGGCUAUUCAGAGUCAAGCCUUUUCAUGGGUGGUACCACCCCAACUUUGGAAUCCCCUCCCCAAUAAGUCCUGAGCCAUUCUUACUGUCUUACAAUACCAGGCCUCGAAUUCUUGUUCUUCAAGGCCACCUGAUAAUGUGCUAAAUGCAAUUGUGACUUUUUUUUUUUACAAUUUUUACGUUUUGCUAUUGUAACUAGUUAUUGUUAUUUAAUAAAAUGUUUUACUGCUUUGUUUUAGUAUAUUUGUAAUUUUUAAUAGUAAAUCCUUCUGAUAUUUAUUUCAACAAAAAACUAUAGAAAAGUUUUAAAUAAAUAAUUUUAAAAACAAUGUUUGAUUUUACCAGUUUCCAAAUCACAGCUUUGUAUUGUACUGAGAGGUUAAAAUAUAUGUGUGGAAGAGUAAACCCACUGAAUUGUGGUACUUUUGCAUAGACUUAUAUGUAUAAGGUUGUUAAUAACAAAUGAUGAAUAAUUGUAUAUGAAGAGGUAAAUGAAAAUCAAGGGUAGGUAGCUUUUUCAUGCACGAUAUUUUGAAAGUUAUGUCAAUCUUUAAGAUUAUGCUUUUUUGCAGGGAUCCAGAUUAAUUACCUCAUAGUAUUUUGAUAUACUCCUGUUGCUUUUGGUAAGGCUAUAGCAAGAAAAGACUAUUGAAUCAUCCUAUUUACUUAUUAACAAACUGACCAGGAGGGACAAAUCAGUAACUUUCUUAAGCACUUUUGUUUUCAAUCAUUCUCAACAAUGUUUAGUUUAGGAAAGCCUUGCUAUUGAUAAAUAGGUAGCAUCUCAGCUAAACAUGUGUUUCACUGCCAGAAUAACUAGUAAAAGCAAUACUGAUUCCAUUCCGCAGUCCAAAAUGAAGGUGUUGUCAAAUGCCCUUGAGCUCUGCUGAGCAUGCUCACUUUCAUCUUAAUGUCUUCAGUGCAUUUGAUUCUUUAGUUGUAUUCUCCUCUCUUUUUCUGUGAAGGCAGAUGUGAGAAUAGCAAAAAGAUCUAUACUACGGCUUCAAUGUAUACCCAGAACUGACAUCAUUUGCUCUAUUUUUGACUUUCCAGUUCAAAGGCAACAAAUACCCAGGUCUAUUUUCUACGAAUUUAGAAGGGAGAAAUGGACACACGGCUGAACGUUGCAGAGCAGCUUCCUUAUCCUUAAUAUAUUUGGCCUUUGGUUAUUUUGCUAUACAACACCCUCUAACAAAAGUCCUUCUUAUCUGGUGAAAUGGAUUCUUCCAAACAAUAUCCAGUGAAAAAACGAGUGAAAAUUCAUCCUGACACUGUGACAGUGAAAUAUAGUUCUUAUUAUCCACAGCCUGGAGAAGAAGAGCAUGAGGAACCUAGUGAAGAUAAUGAGAGUUUUACAGAAGAUAAUCCAAAAAGAAGAUUGUUGAGUGAUGGACAACGAACAGGAAAAUCUUUCUUUGGAACAAUUGACAUUCCAUUUCAGACGGAACAGAAGUUAGAAGUCAACAAGAAUGAACAAGGCCAAGAUUUUAUAGAGAGAAGCAUUUUUCAGUCCAGAAAAACUUGGGCUGUGCUUUUUGGAUCUGCUUUGGCCCAUGGUUGUGUAGCUGUGAUAACUAGACUUGCUGCCGAUCGUUCCAAAGUGCCAUCUCUUGAACUGAUUUUCAUUCGUUCUGUUUUACAAGUGUUUUCUGUUUUAGUAGUGUGCUAUUACCAUGAAGACCCUUUUGGACCAAAAGGCCAUAGAUUGAGGCUAUUCUUCUAUGGAGUAUGUAAUGUUAUUUCUAUUACCUGUGCUUAUACUUCCUUUGCAAUUGUUCCUCCAAGCAAUGGGACUAUUAUGUGGAGAGCUACCACCACUGUUUUCAGUGCCAUUUUAGCAUUUUUACUAGUGGAUGAGCGCAUGGCUUAUAUUGAUGUAAUUACUGUAGUGAGUAGUAUCUUUGGUGUUUGUUUGGUCAUGAUCCCCAACAUUGUUGAUGAAGAAAAUUCUCUGUUGAAUACCUGGAAGGAAGUUUUUGGAUAUACAAUGACAGUUAUGGCAGGCUUAACCACAGCUCUGUCCAUGAUAGUAUAUAGGUCCCUUAAGGAUAAUGUCAGCAUGUGGACAGCAUUAUUUAGUUUUGGUUGGACUGGAACAAUAUGGGGAGCCUCAACUAUGUUUUUCCUUCAAGAGCCAAUAAUUCCAUUGAAUGGAGAAAGCUGGAGCUAUCUCUUUGGCAUCUGUAUAUGUUCCACAGUGGCUUUUCUUGGGGUCUAUUAUGCGUUGAGCAAAUUCCAUCCAGCAUUGGUUAGCACAGUGCAACAUUUGGAGAUUUUGAUAGCCAUGAUUCUUCAACUUCUUAUACUACACAUCUUCCCCAGUAUUUAUGAUAUAAUUGGAGGAGCAGUUAUCAUUAUUAGCAUAAUUUUUCUUGCAUGUUAUAAGCUAUCUUGGAAAAAUUUUAAAAAACAAGAUUACCAGGAAAUAUUAGAUUCUUCCGUUAAAUGAAUACAAAAUUAUUGUAUUUUUAUGUAGUGCAGAAUACAAUUAAUAUGACUGUGUUUGUGUGUAUAGUGCUAUUAACAGCAUAUCACAAUUUGUUGCUGAGAUACAUGACAUCAAGUCAUCCCUAAUACAGUUCAGUAGAGAUAUAUGAAAAUAUCUUUUUAUGAUAUGUGAAAAAUGUUCAAAAAUGUGAAAAUUAUGAAAAUAAUAUUCUUAGUAUACAGAAAGUGCCAAAGAUUAAUGUAGGCAGUUUUUGCUAUGAAAAUGGUAUAUCUAUAUAAUCAUCAAGAACUAAUCUCAGUUCAAUGGAGUCUUUACUUUUUUAUCCUUGGAAUCUAGAAAACAUAAUUUUAUUCUAUAUUUAAAAUAACACAGUAAUCUUGGUGUGGAAUAGAAAUAAAUCAUAACAAUCUUAUUCCUUUACUUAUAAUUAUAGAAAUAAUUAUAUAGAAUUUGUCUUUGAUCUUUGGUAUGUGGUUCAUUGUUAAAUAUAACAUCUGAAUUGUGUACCUGCAGUUCUUUUUUAAAAUAAAAUGUAGUC